CGCGAGUUCGUUAGACUAGCUUUGUUCAACAUACAUACCUACUUGCGAAAGCCGUUGUGUGUAUCUGUAUACGCGCGGUGUAUAUUGCAGCCAAUCAGUUGCCUGUCAACUGUUUUUUAUUAAAGUUCAAGCUGGGAUUUCAACAGUAAAAUGCCGGAAUCGGGAGUGAGUAUCGGACGUUUGAGCUGUUAAUCAUUACUUAGCCUAUAUUUAUUUUGCCUCCGCGAGAUGCUCGCGCUCCAUAGGUUACUGUGUUUUUUGCUCGCACCGACUAUAUGAGAUACGCGAUUAUACGUUUUCAAAUUGAAAUUUCUUUGUUAUUCUCGCAUUGUUCGCUUCUUUGUUCGAUGUUAUCGGUGCAUGCAGAGUGUGAACUUUUUAAAUGGAAAGUUGGCCACCGAGAAUGGCAGUGCUGAGCCCAGUGUCACACUGGAGGAAUCUCCUCCUAAUUCGCCCCCAAUAGAACCUCACUUUGAGCCAGUUAUUCAGCUACCCAUAGUUGAAGUAUCCACAAAUGAGGAGGAAGAGCAAGAGCUGAUAAAGCUGAGGGCAAAGCUGUAUCGUUACGACACAAGCGAUACUCCAGCAGAAUGGAAGGAGAGAGGAACAGGAGAGGCUAAACUGCUGAGGCACAAAACGAAAAAUACUGUCAGAGUUGUGAUGAGACGGGACAAGACUUUAAAAAUUUGUGCAAAUCACUUUGUUUGGCCUUACAUGGAAUUAAACCCUAACUGUGGAAGUGACCGUGCCUGGGUUUGGAGCGCUCUUGCAGAUUUUGCCGAUGAACAGCCAAAACCACAGUUACUCGCAAUUAAAUUUGCCAAUGUUGAGAAUGCAAAGCUGUGGAAAGAGGCAUUUGAAAAAGCAAAGAAGAUAGUAGAGUCUGAGUGUGAAGCCUACAUUGGCAAGCCAGACUCGGAUCAAGAGAGCGAAGCAAGCUGCUCUGAUAGCGAAGAGGAAGCUGACUCCAAAACACAAGACAAAGAAAAGGCGUCCCCAACGAGUUCAAACAUCGAUGAUAAAAAACAUUCCAAAGAAGAAAAGAGUACCAGCUCGGAAGUUACAAAGGCCACUGAGGACAUGACAAAAGAUCUCACGAAUUUAAAAGUUACGGAACAAGAGUAAGUGUUAUCUUAGAGUAAAUAAUGACUAAUGAUACCGCAAAGUAACUGCAACUCCACUUUUUGGUGGAAUAACAAUAACAUUCCUGUUCAUGCGCACAAUGUAAAAAACAGAAUGAAAUUCGAGGUGAAAACGCAAAACAGAAUUUUAGAAUGAAAUAAAUCGGUAAAUGAAAUUCCUAGUACCAAAAGAAUUUUUUUAUUGCAUAAAAAUUGUCAGUUUCGUAACAAGUUUAAGUAUUGAUUCAUUAAUUUUAUAUGUAAGAACGAUAUUUAUACCGAUGUUGUACAUGAUAUAUGUAAUUUUUAAAACAAAAUAUGCAGUAUGAUGAACGUAGAAUCUUCAGUGGCUAGUGAUUGCUGAAUUAAAGCAUACUACAUUGUAAAAUGAUAAAAGUAAGAAAUAAUAAAUGCGAUAAUACUUUGUAAAA